CAAACACAAAAAUUCCCUUCCAGAAUAUAUUUUCACUUUUUCCCAUUUCUUCUUUACUCUCAAUCGGCCGGCGGUCGCCUGGAUCGAAAUCGCCGCCGCUCUUAAACCCUCGACGACUCUCUUCCCCGGCAGUUCUUUUCACUUCCCUUUUCUUGUCCUUCACAACUCCUCACGUAUACCUUUCGUCUCACUCCAUGGAAUCCUUUUAGGAAUAGGUAAGAAAGAAAUAAUACCUUCCAGCGGAUCAGAAAAAAAAACCGAUCCGGCCAUGGAUUUCGUCGAGCUGGAAGCGACGGAAGGCCUGCGAUGGUCGUGGAACGCCUGGCCGACGAAGAAAUCCGAUGCUGCUUCACUCGUAGUCCCACUCAGCAUCAUGUGCACACCGCUGAUGCAGUCGUCGGAGCUCCCGAUUCUGCCCUACGAGCCUCUCCACUGCACCCGAUGCAACUCCGUGCUGAACCCUUACGCCAGGGUCGAUUACCAGACGCGCAUUUGGAGCUGCCCCUUCUGCUACCAUCGCAACACUUUCCCGAUUUCUUAUUCGGGCAUCGGCGAAUCGAAUCUCCCCGCGGAGCUAUUCCCGACCUACAGUGCCGUGGAGUACAAAAUCGACAAGAAAGAAGCGAAGAUCGGCACGAGCUCGCAGUUGAGUUACCGAUUGGCUCACGGAUUGCCUUCUUCCAAUGGGUCGCUCUCCUCGAUGGCGUCGUUGGGCUCUCCGAGGUUUGGGGCCGGUGGUGGUGGUGGAGGAGGAGGUGGAGGGGGCGGAGAGUUCAGGAAGGUGGGGCCUGCUUUUGUUUUUGUAGUGGAUGCUAGCACGGCGGAGGAGGAGCUGAAAGCGGUUAAGACUGAGCUACUGUUGGUUGUGGAUCAGUUGCCGGAGAAUGCACUGGUGGGUUUGGUUGCGUUUGAUUCCAUGGUUAGGGUUAGUGAUCUGGGUUUCUCAGACUGCUCCAGGGCUGUGGUGUUUCAUGGUGGGCGUGAGCUCUCAUCAGAGCAGACUCAAAGAUUUCUGGGGUUACCCAUCAGAAAGCAACAGCAACUUGGUGUUAAUACGCCAAUCAUCCAAAAGCAGGGAUUUUUGCUUCCAGUGUCAGAAUGCGAGUUCAACAUAACAACUGCAAUUGAAGAAAUCUGUUCUUUAGAUGUUUGCAAGCCUGGUCAUCGGCCUCAAAGGUGCACUGGAACAGCAAUAGCUGUUGCUCUUGGACUCCUUGAAGGAUGUUGUGUGAAUACUGGAUCCAGGAUCAUGGUAUUCACAUCUGGACCUGCAACUUUAGGCCCGGGUGUCGUGGUGGACUCUGAUCUUGGGAGCAUGAUUAGGACUCACAGGGAUCUCAUUAGUGGCCAUGCCCCAUACUACAAAAGCUCUCUUAGUUUCUACAGCACUUUGUCUCAGCGGCUGUCCGAUGCAUCUGUUGUUCUUGAUUUAUUUGCAUGUUCUCUUGAUCAAGUAGGAGCAGCAGAACUCAAAUCCUCUGUGGAGAAAUCAGGUGGAUUCUUGCUCUUGAGUGAGUUAUUCGACUCCCAUGAGUUCAGAAAAUGCCUUCGCCACAUAUUCAUUCGCGAUGAAGACGGAAACCCAAAAAUGUACUUUGAUGGAACGAUCGAAAUAGUGACCACUAAAGAUGUAAAGGUCUGUGGAGCUCUUGGACCUUGUGUGUCUCUUGGGAGAAAGAAUGAUUUAGUAAGCGACCAUCAAAUAGGCGAAGGUGGGACCUAUUUGUGGAAGUUGGGUACACUAACCAAUAGGACAUGCAUAGCUUUCUUCUUUGAAGUGGGGAAUGAGCAGAAGGCCCAGCCAGGGUCAGCAUUCCUUAUUCAGUUCAUAAUCCGUUUUCGUCGUGGGAACUUGGGAAUCUAUGAAAGGGUCACAACAGCUGCAAGAAGAUGGGUUGGAAGUAAGUCUGCUGAAAUUAGUGCUGGUUUUGAUCAGGAAGCUGCUGCUGCUGUAAUGGCAAGACUGGCCAUCCACAGAGCAGAGAAAUUCCAUGCUAGAGAUGUCAUCAGAUGGCUUGAUGACAACCUCAUCAGUUUCGCUUCUCAGUUUGGAGACUAUAUUGAGGAAGAUCCAUCGUCAUUUCGGCUCUCGUCAAACUUCUCUCUCUACCCUCAGUUCAUGUACUAUCUGAGAAGAUCCCAGUUCAUAGAUGUUUUCAACUCGAGUCCUGAUGAGACGGCAUUCUUCCGCCUCAUGUUAAACCGAGAAGGGGUGGUGACUUCCCUCAUCAUGAUACAACCGACGCUGUUCCAGUACUCGUUCGAUGGGCCUCCUGUACCUGUUCUCCUGGAUGUUCGGUCCAUCUCUCCUGAUAUCAUCUUGCUGUUUGAUUCCUACUUCCAUGUUGUGAUACACUAUGGUUCGAACAUUGCCCAGUGGAAGAAGCUUGGAUACCAGAACGACCCCAGCCACGAGAAUCUGCGGAAGCUAUUGGAAGCUCCUGAGAUUGAUGCUGAGCAAUUGGUCGAGGAUCGAGUCCCAGUACCCAAGGUGAUAAAAUGUGACCAACACAGCAGUCAGGCUAGGUUUCUUCUGGCCAAGCUGAACCCAUCAGUGACUCAGGAUUCAAUGUACAAAGAAGGCUCGGAUGUUAUACUCACGGAUGAUUUCAGCUUGCAAGUGUUCAUUGAUCAUUUGCAGGCGCUGGCGGUCAAAGGUUAAGGAGCGUGUAAGGGUAAAAGGAUGAUUGUACAUAUCUUCUUGUGAUCUUUGAAAUAGAUGGGCAGCAGAAGGCAUUGUAUAGUACCUUGAAGAGGCCGACGCAGUUUUGGGGUUGAGAAUAGAUUUUAGUAACUUUGAUGGUAGUGGUCACCCUUCACAGGGUAUAUUUUGUUCGUUUGCUUUUGUAUUCAUCUUCAUGUCGGGAGUCUCGAACUCUCGGCAUUGUAAUAUUUAACACGGUGAGUCCUGUCACUCAGUUUUGUUUUGCAAUUAAACUAUCAUAGUUUGCAACUGGACGAAGAUCAUCUUCCACGACUACAAGGUUGUCAAAUCGGUGAAAAUCGUUACGCUGAUUUAGCAAGUGGU